CCCCACAUCCAUUCAAAACUCCACUUAUUAACCUCUGAUUGGCCAAGAUGUAAACUGGGAGGAGAUACGACUGCAAUAAAGAAAAUCUGCGCUCAUACAUUUCGCCCUUAUGCUUGGAAAAGUCAAGUUUUUAGGGGACAGUUAAUGUAUGCUUACUGUUACACAGCAAGUGGCAUUGGGAACAUUACUGUCAAGAAGAACAAAGCAUGGCGAAUUCCAGAUAAAGGAAUACACAGGUGGAGACACAAAAGGAGCUGUUGUCUAUUUCAUCAACACACUCUGGAAGGGCUAUAAGAGGUGUCUGCACAUCACCCCUGAAUGGAUUGAAAAGACGACAGGACAAGACGCAUUCGUACGGGAUCCAAAGAUUUGCACUUUAAAUUCAACUUUUCUGAGAAGGUCCUUCUUUACGCACCAAGUAUAUUGCGUAAAACGCACGAAAAAGGGAAGCAGUAUUGGAUAGCAAAAUUAUUUAAUUCGUGUAACAGUUGAAAGAGGCAGUUUAAGUGUGACUUAAAGAAAGAUUUGAAGAACCUUCGACUUUGGAGAACUGAAUUACAACGCAUUCUCCCAUGAGGCUGGAAGGCGCCAGAAUGGACUUGAUCAAAAAAAUAUGGACUGCUCGGAAACUCAUUCUCGUGGUCAUGAUCCCUUUAUUACUACUGCCUCUUCCUCUCAUCCACCCGUGCAGCGAAUCUUCUUGUGCUUACGUCCUGAUUGUUACCGCGGUAUAUUGGGUAUCUGAAGCUGUUCCACUGGGGGCCGCAGCACUGGUUCCAGCUUUUCUCUACCCACUGUUUGGAGUCCUCAAAUCCAGCGAGGUGGCCUCAGAAUAUUUCAAGGACACAACUUUAUUGCUGAUAGGAGUCAUAUGUCUGGCUGCAUCCAUCGAAAAAUGGAACCUACAUAAACGCAUCGCUCUACGGAUGGUCAUGAUCGCAGGAGCCAAACCUGGCAUGCUGGUUUUAGGGUUCAUGUGCUGCACGGUCUUUCUCUCCAUGUGGUUGAGCAACACGUCCACCACGGCGAUGGUUAUGCCGAUCGCCGAAGCCGUGCUACAGCAACUCAUCUGUACGGGAAUAGCCGAUUCAAUGGAUGACUCUGUAACCAUAGAUACGCAGGAGGAGGAAAGCGAGAAAGAAGAAAAUCUGAAAUCAAGCAACAAUGAACUUGAACUGAUGAACCGGAAAGACAAUGAAAAACAUGAAGUCUGCAUGCUGAAUGAGGAGUUGAACGGUCUAGCAUUAAAGCCUGCCUUCAGCUCAGAAUUUACUAAACAAACAAAUGGAUAUCUCCCCGAGGCCGCAAUUAGCAUUCCUGUGCCAAGGAAACCUAAAAUCCGGAGAGAUUCUCUGUACCCGACCAAAAAAGAUUACAUGAUCUGCAAGUGCCUGUCUCUCAGCAUCACGUACGCGGCCACCAUCGGCGGUCUCAUCACCAUAACCGGCACAUCCACCAACCUCAUCUUCGCUGAACAAUUCAACAAUCGGUACCCGGAAGCAAAGGUCAUCAAUUUUGGCACGUGGUUCAUCUUCAGUUUACCCAUCGCUCUCAUCAUGUUGGUUCUGACCUGGAUAUGGCUGCACUUUUUAUUUCUGGGAUGCAAUUUUAAAGAGACUUGCUCUCUCAGCAAAAAACGCAAAAGCAGGCGUGAGAUCCUGUCGGAGAAACGCAUUCAGGAGGAGUAUCAGAAACUUGGUCCUAUCAGCUACCCUGAAGUUGUGACAGGUGUUUUCUUCAUUCUGAUGACAGUACUUUGGUUUACCAGGGAGCCGGGAUUCGUCCCUGGCUGGACGUCUCUCUUUGAAAAGAAAGGUUAUAGGACGGAUGCCACAGUGUCGGUGCUCCUCGGGUUUCUCCUCUUCCUCAUCCCCGCUCGAAAGCCAUGGCCAUCUGCAUUCUCCAGUGAGAGCAAAGUUGAUGAUGAGGAUGAAGAGGAAGAUGACCCAUUGGCUCCGAUGAUCACGUGGAAGGACUUUCAGAAACUGAUGCCAUGGGAAAUCGUCAUUCUGGUGGGAGGAGGUUACGCGCUGGCUGCCGGAUGCAAGGUGUCAGGACUCUCCAUGUGGAUCGGUCGGCAGCUGGAACCAAUGAGUGGUCUUCCUCCGUGGGCCGUCACACUGUUGGCUUGCCUGCUUGUGUCGGCCGUGACCGAGUUUGCCAGCAACCCCGCCACACUUACGGUUUUCCUGCCCAUCCUCUCUGCGCUGUCAGAGACUCUGCAGAUCAACCCGCUGCACACGCUCAUUCCUGCCACCAUGUGCGUGUCCUUUGGCGUCAUGCUGCCUGUUGGAAACCCGCCGAACGCCAUCGUUUUCAGUUACGGACACGUGCAGAUCAGCGACAUGGUGAAGGCUGGCUUUGGUGUGAAUCUGAUUGGAGUGUUUGUGGUCAUGUUGGCUAUAAUGACAUGGGGAGAGCCACUUUUCAAUCUGAGCGAGUUCCCUACCUGGGCAAUGAUGCGUAAUGUGACGGGCGACUUGUAGCUGAUGUGGGACAGAGGCGGCGUGAGUGUGCGUGUGUUUGACAUAUAGGGAUUAAGGACACUCAAUAAACACUAAAGGAGGCACAUACAUUCUUUUUCAAGGUUUUGUUUUUUCAUCUGUCCAAGGAGUACAGAAGCUGACAGCACCUUGCAUGUGAAUAUUUCUUUAAGCUUAAUGGAAAUGCGUUCAAAUGAAAUGUUUAAUAUAUUACGUACUGUUCAAACAGUGGCAUGCAUUCAAAGUUAUUACGUUUCUUUUUACUUAGAGCUCAACGUUGCCUUAAAGCUUUAGGUGUAGAUUACAUCUUUACAGCUGAACUUUACGUGCCUACACAAAUUACAAUCAGCAGCACGUUUCGAACCAACUGAAUGUAACACAUCUGUAUGCUUUAUUUUCUGAUGCCUAACAAAUGUUAUUGUACUUGAGAGUUUUAAACUGAUGAAAUCAGACAUUGUGCCUAACAUGCUGUUACCAAAAUGUUAGUUUUUGCGGUGUGGUUACAGAAGAUUAUUCAACUGUCAUUCUUCAUUAUUCCUACAAGUAUCUGGAAAAUGUAAUUGCUUUUGAAAGGUGGCCAUUAAUCGAUGCAAUGUACAUACAGAAAACUAACGUUUUGUUAUCCAUAACAGAAUCACUGUAAUAUGUUUUGUGAAGACUUUGUUUCACCUGAUAUCUCUAAAACAAAAUAAAACUGUGUAUUUUUGGUUCAUUUA